AUUCUGAAUUGCUAAGGAAUCGUAUAUUGGUCGGCUACGCCCACAAACAAUGCUUGCUUCGCCCAAAACCCAUUUAAAGAGUGAUUAGGCCCUUCUCUAAAAGCCUAAACCCCCAAAAUUCAAACCUCAAUAGAUCGACAAGACCUCUGCAAUCUCUCAAACUCUCUCUCUGUACACACACACACACACAAUGGUUUACAUCACAUCAUGGGACGAUUUCGUGGAGAGAUCCAUCCAACUGUUUCGUGCCGACCCCGAUUCCACACGUUAUGUAAUGAAAUACAGACAUUGCGAUGGUAAAUUGGUUCUCAAAGUCACCGAUAAUCGUGAGUGCCUCAAGUUUAAGACGGACCAGGCACAGGAUGCUAAGAAGAUGGAGAAGCUCAACAACAUAUUCUUUACUUUGAUGGCUCGCGGUCCUGAAGCUGAUAUAUCAGAAGUCACUGGAAAAGAGCAGAUGGAAACCCAGCCAGGCAAGAAAGGAAGGGGAAGGAAACAAUAGCAUUGUUGAUUACUCAAGGAAUAGUUUCCGACAAAUAUAACAGGAAUUAUCGAGAUCGUUUUGAAAAAAAAAAAAUUUCGUUUUCACCAUUUGAUUCACGUUUGCAACGGAUUUUUUUGGGCAACUUAAAUGGCUUCAUCUAAUCGUUAAGUUUUUUUUAUUUUUAUUUUUAUAGUGAAUGGUUUUUAUUCUCCUCCUCUUUCAUUUUCCUGGCUGAACUUGAAGGUUUAGUACAGACUCAAUUGUUC